CAGCUCUUGAGUAGUACAGUUCAUCUUCAUCGGUAUUCAAAGGAAGAAAAUGAGAAUCAAAGAGGUCUAUGUGUAUAUGUUUAGUUUGGUCGUCGUGUUGUGGAUCUUCCGAAAUUCGGUUCAGGGACGCUCUCUCCCAUUAUCUCUCCCCAGACCCCUCCCUGAUAGUGCUGCUGCCUUCGCUCGAUGGUUGGUCUCUGAGUCUUCCUGGGGUGUCCUCAAUACCAUCGCAGGUGAUUUGGGAGGAGCACCUUUUGGAAAUGUGGUUUCAUUUAGUGAUGGGCUACCCGACAAAGGCAGUGGCAUCCCAUAUUUUUAUCUAACUACCCUGGAUCCAACUGCACGUUAUGCAUUGAAAGACCAGAGAUCAUCAUUCACAGUCAGUGAGUACCCUAUUGGGACUUGUGGCAAGACGGACCCUGAGAACCCCACUUGUUCAAAAAUUACACUCACAGGAAAGUUGAAGUUAGGAAACCCUGAUGAAGCUGAAUAUGCUCAGACUGCCUUGUUCACGAAGCAUCCUGAGAUGAAAGACUGGCCUAAGGAUCACAACUUCCAGAUCUUCAAAUUGGAAGUGGAGAACAUUUUUAUGAUUAAUUGGUUUGGUGGUCCUAAACCCCUCACGGUGGAUGAGUACCUGCAUACCAAAAUGUGAGUUUUAGAGCAAGUAACAACCAUGUCUCCUGACAUUCGUUAUGUGAAAUCUAUUCUAAUCUCCAGUUGUCUGAGCUGUGUGUGUUGCUGGACAUGAAGGGGUUUAGUGAAUAAAGGAACCAUUUGUAAACAACAUGUAUCAUAUUUGUGUAUAUAUAUUAAUACACAUUAUGUAAGCAAUAUGCUUCAGCUAAUUGCUGGGGAAAGAUAAUCACAAACAAUUACAUUGUUAACGAGUCCAUGCGUUUGUGAUCCUUCAUUAUUUUCAUCAAUGUAUAUUUGGAAUAUGUAUAAGNU